AUGGGCCGACGACACGCCAACCCACUCACCAACCCGCUUCAUUAUGCCAGUCCGCAGAUGUUGAACGGCCCACCGGCCUCGUAUGCCGCGGCGCAGAGGAGCUUGAAGAGUUAUGACUACGUCAUUGUCGGUGCCGGCGCAGCAGGCUGCGUUCUCGCCAGUAAAUUGUCCGAAGACAAAAAUGUCUCCGUUCUCGUUCUUGAGGCCGGCGGCGAUAAUCGCAAGGUCUUUGAGAGCAAGGUUCCCCUGAUGUUCUCCAAAUUGUUCCACUCCCCGCAUGACUGGGACUACUAUACCGUGGAGCAAUCCCAGCUCGCAAAUCGCUCGCUCUACUGGCCGCGCGGCAAGAUCCUCGGCGGAUCAUCCUCUAUGAACGCGAUGAUGUACCAUCAUUGCUCCCCAUCGGACUUUGACGAAUGGGCCAACAUCCAUGGCUGUCAGGGCUGGAGCCAUGCCGAUCUGGCUCCCUACCUGCGAAGCAUGGAGCGAUUCACGCCGCACCCGGGGCGGCCCGCUAUCGACGCCCAACAUCGGGGGUCCACCGGUCAAUGGAUGACGGGAUACUCGUGGCUCUCAGAAAUCGUCGAGAAGGGAUUCCUUCCGGCCUGUGCCGAUGCGCAGAUCCCCGAUGUGGCCGAUGUCAACACCAAGCAGGGCGGUCUCGGGGUGACUCGGUUCCAGACCUUCAUUGAUACCAAGGGCCAGCGCUCUUCUCUGGCGACGGCCUUUUUCACGCCGGAUGUCCUCGCUCGACCCAAUCUGUACGUGGCGUGCAACGUGCGCGUCAAUCGGGUUCUCUUUGAUCUGAUCACCACCAAGGAGCCCACCGCCAUCGGAGUUGAACUCCAGACCACCCGCGGUGGUCCAUGGUUUGAAGUACACGCGAGACGAGAAGUCAUUCUCAGCGGUGGCACGAUUAAUACACCACAGACGCUGCUGCUGAGUGGUAUUGGACCAGCCGACGAGCUCACCAAACACGGUAUUCCCGUCGUCAAGGAGAACAAUGCAGUGGGCCGUAAUAUGAAAGAUCACUUGUGUACCACACCGAUUACAAUCAAGGCCAAGGAUGGCUACACGCUGGAUUACCUGGGCAAUGACCUCAAGGCUCUCCCGGCGCUCGCGCGCUGGUUAUUGACCGGCGGCGGACCGUUGACCAGCAAUGUGGGCGAAGCCGCAGCCUUUAUCCGUUCGGUCGAUUACAACUUCCCUCAGACCACGAAAUCACCUCAAGACAAGGCGUCCAGUAUUAACGCACCGGACCUGGAGAUCAUUGGGGCCCCAAUUUGCUUCUUGCAGCACGGCGAGGAGAAACCUCUGAACGACAGUAGCAUCUUCACAUUAGUACCGAUUGGUCUUCGUCCAGAGAGUCACGGCACGAUUACCCUUCGUAGUCGGGAUGUAUUCGACGCAGCCAUCAUCGACCCCCGCUACCUCACCGACAAAGACAACAACGACCGCAACGUCCUUCUCGUCGGCCUCCGCGUCUGUCUCAAAAUCAUGCAAAGUCCCGCCUUCAAAGCCUACUUCGACCCCGUCCCCGUCAACGACGACCCCACCUCCUACUGGUGGCCGUACUCGAGCUCCAACCCGGACGCCAUCACCGACGACCAACUCAUCCGCUUCAUGGAUGAAAAGGCCUUCACGCUAUACCACCCCGUGGGCUCGGCUCGCAUGGGCCCUUCGCCCGCCACAAGUGUAGUCGACCCGGAGUGUCGUGUUCAUGGCGUGAAGUGCCUUCGGGUCAUGGACGCGAGCGUGUUCCCGGAACAAAUCAGUGGUCAUCCCACGGCGCCCAUUGCGGCAAUGGCGGCCAAGUUGAGUGCUAUGAUUAGGCAGGGGGCUGCGGUGGGGAGCCCCGUCGCCGCGAAUCUGUAA